AUGGCCAACGACAGCGUUUUAUCCUAUAUUCCUGAAGAGCUCCCUGAGUGCGCUACUGCUCAGGCGCAUUUCAGGACCACAAUGCCUAUUCAUCAUCAACGACAUCUCAAAGUUAUUUGCAUUGGUGCAGGGGCUUCGGGCCUGCUUAUGGCUUACAAGAUGCAACGUAACUUCGAGAAUUACGAACUUAUGUGCUAUGAGAAGAACGACGAUAUCUCCGGAACUUGGUACGAGAACAGAUAUCCUGGCUGUGCUUGCGAUAUCGCGGCUCAUAUCUACACGUGGAGCUUCGAGCCCAACCCCAGCUGGUCGUCUGUUUAUGCCGGGUCCGAGGAGAUUCAUAACUACUUCUGCCGUUUCUCCAAGAAGUACAACCUUUCGAAGUUCUACAAACUCAGGCAUCUCGUCACGUCAUGCAUCUGGGAUGACACCAGAGGUGGAUGGGACGUCGAGGUGACCAACUUAAACGAUGGAUCCAAGUUCACAGACCAGUGCGACAUCCUCAUCAAUGGAGCUGGAGUUCUCAAUACAUGGAAGUGGCCAGAGAUACAAGGGCUACAUAAUUUCAAAGGCAACCUCAUGCACACUGCCAACUGGGACAAAUCAGCGGAUCUCAAAGGCAAGAACGUCGGGUUGAUCGGCAAUGGAUCCUCGGCCAUCCAGGUGCUACCUAACAUCCUCCCUGACGCGAAACGGGUCACUACUUUUUUCCGUGGCCCUACUUGGGUUUCACCUGUCAAGAACGUGGUAAUGGACCAGCACUUUUACACGGACGAAGAACGGCAUCUCUGGGAGGGGGAUGCACAAGAGCACCUGAAGUACCGAAAGAAGUUGGAAAAUUCUCUGAACAAGGUCUUUCCCAUGUUUCUUCUUAAAUCAGAGAGGCAACAAGACCUACGUGUGGGUAUGACGGAGAUCAUGAAAGGCAUCAUAAAGAACGAGGAACUCGAAAAGAAAUUAAUUCCGUCCUGGGCAGUUGGGUGCAGAAGGAUGACCCCUGGAGUUGGUUACCUCGAGGCUCUGGUUUCCGACAAGGUUGAUAUCUCUUAUGGAACAGUUCAACAAGUUACGGAAGGCGGUGUCAUUGGAGGAGAUGGCAAGGAAUACCCUCUAGAUGUCUUGAUCUGUGCUACUGGGUUCGACACUUCGUACCUUCCUCGAUUUUCUGUCAUUGGGGCCAACGGUGUUAGCAUGCGUGAAGCUUGGGCUAAAGAACCCAGGUCCUACAUGGGUGUCGGCACUAAUGGGUUCCCAAACUAUAUGAUGAUUACUGGACCCAACAGCCCUAUCGGAAAUGGUGCUGUCUUAGUCGGAAUGGAGGCACAGGCCGAUUACAUUUGCAAGAUGAUGGAUCGCUGGCAAACAGAGAGCAUUCACAGUUUCUCACCCAAGGCCGAGGCUGUCGAUGAGUUCUUGGCCCAUAAGGACGCAUUUAUGAAAGGAACAGUUUGGCAACAAGAAUGCCGCUCUUGGUAUAAAUCGAAUAGUAUCACCGGCAAAGUAACUGCUCUCUGGCCUGGAAGUAGUCUGCACUAUUUGGAGGCUAUGAAGGAGCCCAGAUAUGAGGACUGGGAUAUCAAGUACUCCGGUAACCGGUUCUCGUUCUUAGGAAACGGGUACUCUCAGACGGAGGUCGAUCCUACCGCUGACAGAGGAUGGUAUCUUCGUAACGAGGACGACGGGGAAUAUCUUAGCCGUGGAAAACGACGAAAGGUAUUUUCGAAGGCGGGAACUUGGACUUUGGACGGUCCUGUCGAGCCAAAGAAUUCACAACAGAUGUCAGAAGCCGUUGCCAUAAAGUAUUAUCGAUCUGUGCUCCGAGUCGCCAUCAGGCUCGAUAGCCUAUAG